GAGCCUCGCAGCUCUUUUGUGGAAGGUGCCAGAGAUGUCGCUUUUUUAGAUGCAAUGCUUGAAUCUGGAGAGAAAAAUGGAGCACUUGUUCAUGUGAAAAAGUUCUAGGUUGAUGAGCACUGGAUCAUCUCUUGUCAACAUAGUUGUUUCAAAAUGUUUGUUGGAAAAAACAUAAUUCAAGAACCGAUACAGGAUCUGUAGCAAUCAUCUGCACCCAUUUAACUUGGUAAACUUUCUUAUGGAUAUCAUCUUCGCCCUCAAUAAGAAGUUGCAGGCUGUUCCAGCUGGCCUUAAUUAAGGCAGCAGAAGUAAUCAGUUCUCAGUUAUUCAAAUCUGUCCAUCAUAAUGUCUUCCCAUGUUUGGCUUUUGCAGAUAGACAAUUGUAUCUAAUAAUUAUGAGCUAUAUAUCUGCGAAUCUAUAAAGCACACCUUUUUCU